AUGAAUGGAAUACCACCACCACCGCUGCCGGAAGGAUGGACAGAGCAUAAGGCUCCGUCGGGUACACCUUACUACUACAACGCCAGUACAAAGAAAUCCACAUACAAGAGACCGCUACCUGUGCCACCUGCUGGAAUGCAAAUGCAAAUGCAAAUGGCACCGCCGCCAGCACCGAUGCAAGCGCCAGCUGCGCCUGCAGCACAGCCAAGCCAGACGAAGAAGACCAAGAAAGAAAAACCAGCGAAAAAGACAUCGAUAGAAGGUACAGCGUGGAUGAGGAUAACGACAAAUCUCGGAAAUACCUUCUACCUCCACACUGAGCGCAAGGAAAGUGUGUGGGAGGUGCCUGCUGAGAUAGCAUCGCAGGUGUCGCAGCUAGAAGAGGACGAGCAGAAUGGGAAUGCUGCUGCUGCAGAGAAGAAGCGGAAGCGUGAGCAGAAGGAGCCCGGUGAUAGCGGCUGGAUAGACGUUGAGCCGAAGAAAGCCAGAGAGGAUGGAGAAAAUGAAGACGGCAGCGGUGACGGUGGAGACGACGCAGACUACGCAGCAGCAGCGCGGGCGGCAAUGGACGCAGAACGCAACCACAAUAAGAAUAUACUCGAUGCCGAGCUGGCUGAGCAGCGCGAGAUGGAGAAUGAACGUAUGAGAGAAUACCAAGAGAAGAAAGCCGCAGAGAUCGAAGCUAACUAUAACCAUGAAGAGGCCGUCGCGCUGUUCAAGAGCAUGCUGGAGGAGUAUGAUAUCAAUCCACUCAUGCCUUGGGAUAUGGCUCUUACCACUUUCGUUAAUGAUAGCCGGUAUACUAGUCUGAGGAAUACCGAGGAUAGGCAGGAUGCAUUCGAUGAGUAUUGCAGGGAUAAAGCGCAGUCGGCGAAAAGGAGUACUGUCAGUGUUGACCCAGCCAUCAGCUACAGGGAGCUGCUUCGAUCGGAGGUUACAAGCACGCGUGCGCGCUUCGAAGAAUUCAGGAAGACAUUCAAGAAGGAUAGACGCUUCUUUGGAUUCGGUAGAGAUGACAAAGAGAGAGAAAAGGUGUUCAAAUCGUGGUUAAGGGAGUUGGGAGAAGCUAAACGCCAAGAAGCUCAGAAGGUGGAGGAGGGAUUCAAGAGGCUGCUGAGAGACACUAGCGAUAUUACAGCUCAGUCUGAUUACAAGGAGUUAAAACCGCUACUCUCUUCUCAUUCUGCGUAUAAGAAGCUGCAGUCGGGAAGUACCAAGGAAGCGCUCUUUAACGCAUACAAGAAAGAAUUGGCGGGUGAGCAACCAGAGGAAUUACCCAAAGCUGAAGAAAACGUAAUACCUGCGCCUAUAGAAGACGAGCCCAAAAAGCUAGACAAAGCUGCCAGGGCUGAAGCCUCACUUAAGGCACGCCAAGAGAAUUUCAAUAAGGAAAGAGAAAGUCUUGAUAAGAAGACGCAAGCGUCCAAAACUGCUCUAGCCGGCAAUGAAGCUGAAAGAGAAUACCGGACUUUGUUGAUAGACACGGUGAGGAAUCACAAGAUCAGGUGGAGAGAGCUGGAAGGAGAGCUGGCCAAGGACAGCAGAUUCAACGUCGAUCUCAGCGUAAGAAGAAAGAGGGACCUUUUCGAAGAGCACGCCGAUGGGAUCUACAACAAGCGGGUGAAUGGGGUGAAGGAGCUCUUUGAGAGGGAAUUCAAGACUCUCGAUGAUGCAUUUGAAGAUGUGCACGACAAGAUCAAGGACGAGGUGGCGGUGAAGGUGUUAGACGCGUCGGUGGCAGAACUAGAAAGAAUCUACGUCGAGUGGCAGGCAGCCAAGUUUAGAAACGCGGUUAAGGAAUUCAAGGAGCUUCUGAAAGAGUCUUCCUUUGUCGGAUACUGGGGCCGCGUAAAGAAAGGGGAGGAAGAUGCGACAAAGGAUGCAGAAAAGGUCUUCAAAGCAGAGGAAGAUGAUGAUGAUGAGACAGACGAGGGCGUGUUCGGCGGUGGGAAUAAGGAUCUCAAGCAGCUGGCUCAGCAGGUGAAUAUUGACGAGAUGGAGAAAAUUUUAUCCAACGAUAGCAGGUACAGAAUAUUACAAGGUUGGGAUAAGAGGAGGGAGGUUAUACUGGAGUAUUUGAGCGGGAUGGAUAAGGACAUUAAGAUUUUGACUUGA